CAAAAUUAUGUCUUUAUCUUUAGAUAUAUCUUUAAUUUUUGAAUAAGAUUUUAAAUAACUUGAUACACUGUCAACCAAAUAUAACUUAAUUAUUGGUCAUUAGGUAGCUACAAAAUAAAAAAAAAAAGGAGAAUACUGGAGAUGAUUGGUUGGGGCUGUAGAUGCUCUGGACAGCUAAAAUUUAGUCUACAGCUAUAUAUGUCAACCAAUCAAGCUUUAAUUUCCUUAAAAAACUCACAGCAAAAACAUCUCUGAAAAAUCAAAAUAUGGCUGUAGAGAGCUUUAUUUCCAGAGCAAAAAAUUAGUGCUUUAGAAAUCUAUAGCAAAGAAAGCUACAGCAAAUAAAUCUACAGAUUAAAUUCUACAGCAAAAAAUAUAAAGCUACAGCACUUACCAAUCAUCCCCACUAUAUAAAACGUCCAUAAGUCUUUUAUUAAGAACUACUCCAUCUGUAUAAAAAUACUGAUGUUUAAAGUUGUUCACACAUAUUAAAAAAAUAUUUACUUUUGUCUAUUGCUUUUCGCUUUAUUUUAAUUAGUAUAACAUUUUAUUUAAUUCCCAAUAAAAUUAUUACUUACAUUUUAUAUGUUAAUUUAUGUUUUACUUUUAAAACAAAAUGUAUUAAUUAAAGCAUAUGCAUCAAUCUUUUGUAUAUAAGAAAGAAAAAAAAAACUAAAAUAUCAAUCUUUUGUAUACGAAAGACGUAUAAACUUCAGUAAUAUUUUGAAUUCUGAAACUUAUUUUGACAAAAAAAAUUUAAAGCUACAUAAAUUCUCUUAAAAUUAGAGCUCACUAGUCAAUCCAAGUAUUUAUCCAUCUAAUAUAGUGAGUUGGAGAUUUGAAAAAUAAGAUUAGAAAAAAAUCUAACAAAAAAAAUAUACACUCCUAGUCACCUUCAUUUAGAUAUGUGAAUAAAUUGCUUUAAAUUUAAAAUUUUCAUGGUAAUAAUUGAAAAAAUCUAAUAUUUUAAGAUUACAAAUUUCAUAAAAUAUAUUUUAUUAAAUGUUUAUAGAAGAUUUAGUAGUUUUUAUUAGUAUGGGGCCGGAAGAAUAAGAGAAUAAAACGGAUCUCACAAAGUUUUGAUACAAGGGUUCUGAGUGAGAGCACGAUACUGAAAAUUGAAUCAAACGCAAAAAUAUUUAAAUAUAUAGGUAAAAUUGUCAUUACUGAAGGACCGGCAGAAUUUGUAAAUCCGUAAAAAAGGGAAAAUCUCAUUAAUCUGCACUCGUAUUUAUAUAUUUUAUUUAAAUCAUUUGUUUUUCUGUCUUUAUUUUCUUCUUUUCACAUUGAAACGCAUUAACAUUGGGAAAGAAAAAAAAAAGCCAAAAAAAAACAAAAAAGCAAGAUCCGAAAAAUUCCCACGGAAAUCUCAGUAUUCUGAGAGAAAAAAGGAAAAUGCAAAAGAGAGAGAAUAAUAGAAUAUUUGGGCAAAGAUUUUUUCUUUUUUAGAUUUGUUCAAACAAUAAAAUUCUAUCUUUGGGAAAGAACCAAAAAAAAAGUUAAUAAUUUUUAAGACUUCAACAUUUUCUUCUUCUUUUAUCAUUUAUUGUAAAAAAGAAACAAAUCUAUUCCCUUAUUUAAUAUUCACAGAUUUUUUUUUCCUUCUAUUUGUUAUUAGGUGUUGAUCAUUGUGAUCAUCGUCUCCUCUUCACAUACUCAUAAAUACUCUUCUCAGAAGAUAAGAGACGAGAACAAGAGUUUCUUUUGUGUCUGUGACUGUGUCUCCUGUAAUAACGAGCCAUGUCUGAAACUCCGCAGGUUCAGAACUCUACUGGGUCAAUCCCAUCUUCCGACAAAACUGAAGAUACCUUGACGAAGGUGAAGGUUAACGAAGAGAAUAUGGAUGAACCAAGUCUGUUUCCUGAUCGUCCUGGUGAGAGAGAUUGCCACUACUUUAUGAGGACUGGCAAGUGUGGCUAUGGAAGCAGCUGCCGUUACAAUCAUCCUGUUUCUCAUGUUCCAGAGGCUGUGUUUUACCACAGAGAGGAACUGCCUGAGAGGGUUGGUCAGCCAGACUGUGAGUAUUUUCUCAAGACAGGAGCCUGUAAGUAUGGCGCAGCAUGUAAAUAUAACCACCCAAAGGACAGGAACGGUGCUGGACCGGUGCUGUUUAAUGCCCUCGGUUAUCCUAUGCGACAGGGUGAGAAGUCAUGCCCGUAUUACAUGCAGAAAGGGAUGUGUAGGUUCGGAGUUGCCUGCAAAUUCCAUCAUCCUCAGACUCAUAAUGCCCAACCUACUAGCUUUCCUUUUGGUGGUAGCUUGCCGGUGAUGUCUUUGGCUCCUGCAACGUAUGAAGCUAUGUCACGUCCUCAAGCUCUUCACCCUCAGGCCUAUUCCUUUAUGGUUGCACCUCCUCAAGGCUGGUCUACUUUCAUGGGUGGUUAUGAUAUGAAAACUGAGCUUGACUCCAGUUCUGAAAAGGCUGAAUGUAGUUUUUUUAUGAAAACUGGGACAUGUAAAUAUGGAGAUAAUUGCAAAUACAGUCAUCCAAAAGAAAGGAUGUUACUAUCACCACCACCAAAUCUCUUUAACCCUGUGGUCCUCCCUGCUAGACCAGGACUACCCGCAUGUGGUAACUUCAAGGCCUAUGGGUUUUGCAAGUAUGGAGCAAACUGCAAGUUUGAUCACCCUGUGCCAGUAAACACUUACAACAACACAGGCUCCACCAUGCCUUCUCCCCCUUCUGCUUAUGCUCCACCGGUUUCAACUCCUGUGAGGAUCACAUCACCGCCAGGCCGCUCCAAUGGUGGUGACAAACCUGCUGCAGAGGAUAACAGCUCAGAGACUGUGAAAGAAGAGGAUGGACCAGACAAGGCAGAAGUGCAUGACUCGUCACAGCUAAGCCAUGGUUCAACUGCCUUAUCCAAUGAUGCAGAGAAUCCAGGUCCAGAGACUAAGAAAGAGGACGAUGAUCCUUUACCAGCUGACAACUCGGGAAAGCAGGAAUCAUCUGACAAUUCUGCAUGAUCAUAUGAUCCAACUUUCUAACCAUCUCUAAAGAUCUUUUUCUGCCCUUUUUGUGAAUUUUUUGGAAGAAGGGCUUGAACAUGUUUCUAUCUUUUUUCUUUUUGGAUUUUUAAGACAGCCAUGGCUGAAACAAAAUAGGAAUUGAACAUUCUUUUUUUUUUAAUUGGUUGAUAAAGUUUGACUUCAUUUAGCCAUUUUCAUAUGCUCAACUAUUUAGCUAUCAA